AUGAUCAGUGAUGAGUAGAGGAUUUAUAAGCCUCAUGGAAUACACCAACUUGUCAUAUCUGAACCCAAGGACAGUCAUUCUGAUUGGCAUCCCUGGACUAGAAAACGUGCAGUUUUGGAUCGGCUUUCCCUUCUUUUUUGUGUGUCUGGUGGCUUUGCUGGGAAACAUCUUCCUGCUAAUCAUCAUCCCUACCGAGCGCAGUCUACACCAACCCAUGUAUAUUUUCCUGGCAGUACUGGCGGCUACUGACCUUGGUCUCUGCAUAGCUAUUGCUCCUAAGAUGUUGGCCGUCUUCUGGUUUGGUUCAUGCUCCAUGGCAUUUGAUGCUUGCCUCACUCAGCUCUUCUUCAUUCAUGCCUUGCAGGGAAUGGAAUCUGGCAUCCUGCUGGCCAUGGCCUUUGAUCGCUAUGUGGCCAUCUGUGAUCCUCUGAGACACACAUCCAUCCUCACAUCUUUCUUUCUAUUUCGAGUGGUUCUAAUGGUGGCAAUUCGGGCCACUGUGCUUGUUGGUGUUUUACCCAUUCUACUCAAGCGACUGCAAUGGUUCCACUCUGUGGUUAUUGUCCAUUCUUACUGUGAGCACAUGGCUGUAGUCAAACUGGUGGCAGAAGAUGUCCAUAUUAACAAAUCAUAUGGGCUCUUUGUGGCUUUCGCAAUUCUGGGAUUUGAUAUGAUAUUUGUUUUCAUCUCCUACAUUAUGAUUUUCCAAGCUGUUUUUCGCCUUUCCCAGAAAGAGGCACGAAGCAAAGCAUUCAACACUUGCACAGCUCAUAUUGUUGUUUUCCUGGAGUUUUAUAUCCUUGCUUUUUUUUCCUUUUUCAGUCACCGUUUUGGCCAUGUAUCACCCUAUGCCCACAUCCUAUUGUCUACCAUCUAUCUGCUUCUCCCCCCUGCCCUUAACCCCAUUGUCUAUGGUGCAAAAACCAAGGAGAUUCGCAGACGGGUUGCUCAAGUUUUUAUUCUGAACCCUAAUACCCAACAAUGAUCUGAAAAGCAUUGUGUCAGAAGAAAACCGUACAAUUGUCUUUAUAGGGUUUAAAC